AUGGACAUGUUGAACCCUGAAGGGCCUAACAAUGCCGAAAGGGCCUCCAGAUGGCGAGACAAUGGCCACACUCUUCCUCGAGAGGAGUUGAAAAACUGCAAUUGUGAAGAUGUUGUCAACUGUUUGCGGGAGGUCACCAGCAAGUUUGAGCAGUACUCAGUUUCCAUGUGCCAGUUAAACAUGCGGCUGCAGCGACUGACGCAUCGAUAUUACGGAACCGGAGGGGAACCGGUCCAGACCAUCAAGACUGGCGAGGCUGUCUUCAGAAUAGGCGACUCUCAAAGAAACGGAGUGCAAACGCAUUCCGACGAGCAGAUGCCCACAGGGACGGGCAGACAUGAGGUCUUUCGAAGUUUCACCGAGCCCAGCCCGCCCGACAGGUCCAUAUUGCAGGGCGAGACAUCAUUUGAAAUGUUCUCAGGAGACGAGGCUCCUCGACAUCAGGACGCCAGUGAGGCUGAUGCCACUUGUUCAAAGACCAAUUCGAAUAUUUGGAAUUCGCGCUCCUUUUCCGAUGAUGCUAGCAGUUAUUCAACUCACGUGGCUGUACGUAAGCAGACGCCCUAUCCCGGCCGGCAAAGCUACCAUUGUCUUGCCUCCAGCCAGCCUAAAGUGCCCUCUCUUUCAAAGCCUGUCAGGCCAAACAACCAAUUGGACCAUCCCCAUGACUGCACCAGUUACCAUCCAAGCCAGGAGAUGGCGGCGAAU